CCUGAGCCACUGUUUGAUUUCUGGUUAAACAGAGACUGAAUGUCUUCCUGAAGCCGGUGAAAAGGGUAAAGACGAAGAGCUGACAGCGAAUGAAAGGCCCCUCCAGCCUGAGGAUUGUCGCCGAGUGCAAAAGACCAACUUGCAAACAUCAGCAAAAACCCCUCGGUCCACGGCAGCACUCGGUGCCCCGAAGGAAACUAAAGCUCCGUUUGCGAUGUUUGGCUGGGCUGAGAGAGAUGCUGAGGUUGGCUGUAAGAAGACACACAACGUCAGCGCGUCAGCUUUGAAAGGACAGAUUUAUGAAUCUGCAGUACGUGCUCAUCACAGGCGUCAGGUACAGAAAGCCAUGUGUACACCUCAUAGACGACCCUGUGGUAAAGUGACAUCGACCACCCACUUUCGUGCCGGGCAGUGUAAAUCCUCUUUAGAACGUAAAUCACUUUCUGAUCACUUGCAAGUUCGAGUGUUGAAGCCUACUGGAGCAGAAGAUCCCUGGCUGUCUGAAUAUAUGAGAUGUUAUUCAUCACGGUCACUCUGAGUCUUAGCAGCUUCCUGUUGGAUAGAGCAUGGGCCAAUAGAAUAGUUUAUUUAUUCUGGUCUGUUUUGGGCUCAAUACUGGGCCCUAAUUGGAGUGUAUAUUAUGAGAGCUGAUUCAUGGAUAAUGCAUAAUUAGCAAACACUGAAAUUGUUUUGCUGAUUUGUAGAAAAGUUCCAGUGAUAGUAUUGGUGCAUUGUCUUCAAAUCACAACACAUAACAUUGACAGGACCACAGAGUUCCAUUUCAAAAUUGGGACAUUUAUUUCCUUGUGUUACAAUUAUUUUCAAAAUUGAUAAUUAUUGACUGUUCUGAUUACUGUCAAUUAUGCAAUGUGUACUAUUGAGAGUGUCAUUAGUUUGUAAAUGGUAGAUUUCACAUGAAUUUUUGUAGCUCAGUAUUAUUUUGCACAAAUUGCUUAAUUGCACUGGUAACCUUUAACUGUAGUUUUGUCAUAUAGUAUGCACUAUCGUAUAAUGAGUGCACAUCUUGUAAAGUUCAUUGGGCUCUUUUCUAUAGGGGUUCAUAUUUGUAACCUUUUUACACUUUUAGGGUUCCCUCUUGUCAUUGUAGAUAAUCUGGUCACGAUCACAUUGCUCUUUUGUACAUUACAACAGUGACUGCUUGUCAAAAGUACCUAAUUAAUUUGUAAAGCACUUUGGACAGUAGGAGGUUUGUGAAAUGUGCUGUAAAUAGAAGGCAUUGCUUCUUAUGAUGUGUACCUGCUCAAUAAAUACAUUCAUUUUUGUGA